CCUUAUUUCCCUUCUGUUUCCACGGAUUGCACCAUUGCAGAUUACGUGCGGUACGUGUCGGGCUUUCGAGGCUGCCGUAAGCUGAAGGUGGGCGAAUUCAGCUUUACCAAGAACAAGGAAAGCCACAACAAAACAUACUGGUCGUGCGCGAAGGCCGGUGUGAGUCGGUGCAAGGCCCGUGUUCUGACGUACAUGUUGCAUAACGGGGAGGAGAACCUAGUCAUACGAAGACGAGCAGUUGUUACGCUUUACGGUUGAAGAUCUGGAUGUAGAUGAUCCCUGCGACUUAGCAAAGGAGGUAUCAUUCACGGUUGGACAACGUGGUUGCGUGCUGCUGAGUGUAAACG